CCUUCCUCUGCAAGUCAGUCGGCUCGCCAACCAGCAGCCCCCUCCCGCUUAACAGUCCGUCAACGCGCUCCCAUGCCAUUGAUAACUGUUUCGCUGCUGCGGUAAUGCGCUCGGGAUGUUGGCACUCGCAGAUGUCCGACCUCCGUUCAGCAUGGAUGAUGACCUGGGUCUUGCUGCUGUCGCUGUGGCUUGCCGUAGCCCAGGGCAUGCGGACCGCUCAGGUGAAGGAGCUCAGGAGAGAAACGGAGCACAUGUUCUAUCAUGGAUUUGAGAACUACAUCGAACACGCCUUUCCGGAAGAUGAACUACGUCCGCUUUCUUGCCGUCCGCUGGUCCGCGACAGAGAAAAUCCCGCGCAUGCAGAGCUUAACGAUGUCCUGGGCAAUUAUUCCCUCACGCUGAUCGACAGCCUGUCCUCUCUGGCCAUCCUUUCGUCAAGUCCGGAGGGGGGGCAAAGAGCUUGGACUUAUUUCCAAAACGGAGUGGAAGACUUUGUCGCGCUAUAUGGAGAUGGUACCGACGGCCCUGCAGGCCAAGGACAAAGGAGUAGAGGGUUUGACAUAGACAGCAAAGUCCAGGUUUUUGAGACUGUGAUUAGGGGGCUUGGUGGACUUCUCAGCGCCCAUCUCUUCGCCGUGGGUGAUCUUCCCAUCAGUGGAUACAACCCUCCUGAAGCAGAAUCUACCUUCGCUAGAGCUUGGGACAAGACGCCUUUACCUGAAAAUAGGCACGGUAUCCGGUGGGAGAACGGUUUUGUCUACGACGGCCAACUUCUACGGCUUGCUGCCGACUUGGCGAAUCGCAUCUUGCCUGCUUUCUACACCGAUACAGGCCUCCCCUACCCACGCGUCAACUUACGGCAUGGGGUGCAACGACAGCCCUAUUACGCAAAUUCUCCAUUGAAUGCUGCUUCUACAUGCGAUGACUCAAGCCCCGAACACUGUGUGAAAUCUCGUCGAACCUCGCCUCCGGAGACCACAGAAACCUGCAGCGCUGGCGCUGGCAGUCUGGUCCUCGAAUUCACCGUUCUAAGCCGGCUCAUCGGCGACGGUCGGUACGAAGAGCUUGCAAAGCGAGCAUUUUGGGCUGUUUGGGCAAGAAGGAGUGAGAUUGGACUGAUUGGAUCCGGGAUUGAUGCCGAGUCGGGCAGAUGGGUCCAUUCAUAUACGGGAAUAGGAGCAGGGAUUGAUAGCUUUUUUGAAUAUGCCUUCAAGUCUCACGUCUUACUCUCGUCAGGGGAACGCCCUCCUGCUAAUACCAGCAGCCCGUGGCAUGUCCUAGACGACUAUUUUCGGCCGCUUAGUGAGUACGAGCAUUCGGCGGAUGCCUUUCUGAAGGUGUGGCAAGAGUCUCAUGCGUCGAUAAAACGUCAUUUGUAUCGAGGCGAAGGUCAUCAACAUCCGCACUUGAUUCAAGGGGAUAUUUUCACCGGGGCUACUCGCGCCUUUUGGAUCGACAGCCUGAGUGCCUUCUACCCCGGACUUCUAACAUUGGCAGGGGAAGUAGAUGAAGCUAUCGGGAUUCAUCUCUUAACGACGGCGGUUUGGACCCGGUUUUCUGGUCUUCCCGAACGGUGGAAUGUUGCCACGGGCAAUAUUGAGCAAGGUCUUUCUUGGUAUGGUGGCCGGCCUGAGUUCGUGGAGUCUACAUAUUACCUCUACCGAGCCACCAAGGACCCUUGGUAUUUGCAUGUCGGUGAGAUGGUGCUGCGUGAUAUUAAACGGCGCUGCUGGACCAAAUGCGGCUGGGCAGGUAUUCAGGACGUCCGGAGCGGUGAACUCAAUGACCGUAUGGAGAGCUUCUUCCUUGGUGAAACGGCCAAGUACAUGUUCUUGCUCUACGACUUUGACCACCCUCUCAACAAAAUCGACCAGCCCUUCAUCUUCUCCACAGAAGGCCAUCCACUUCUUAUUCCUAGGAACAGCACGGCGCACCGCCGUGGACGCAAGCAGGUCUCCGUGGAUGAGCAGAACACAGAACCGAUCUGCCCAACAGCACCUGAGCCUCCAAUCUUAGGUGUCUCAUCCACCGCAGCGCGCCCCGAUGUGUUCCACGCCGCGAACUUGGCUCGUCUGCAUCUCAUGCCCCGCAGGGGCUUGGCAGAAGGGCCUCUUCUAGACUAUGCGCAGGAUCAUCCGAGUGUGUCCGUGUCCGACUUAUCCUCUCCCACCAACUACACUUUUUUCCCGUGGACACUGCCCCCGGAACUAGUGCCGUUCAAUGCGACUAGCUCGCCGAUGACGGUUCGUCCCACUCUCGACAUUUCCUUCCCCGCACUUCCCGGGAUGAUUGUGGGGCCUGGAUCUUUGGAACGGGUCCGAGAUGGCAUCUUCAUCAAAGCUAUCGGAGGGUUGCGGAUGAGUAUGGUCCAGGACGUCCCUGUGCACGGGGAGACGGACAAUGACGAGUUUCGGGUGCAAGUGAUCAAUAAUGUGCCCCUGGGCAAAGACGAGAAGGUGUAUCUUCUCCGGGAGAUCACGUUUGAUGUCUUAGACCCUACAGAUCCAAAUUUCACUCGCGUGCGCGACACCGGCAUGGUUGACAUCGUCAUUGACGUUAUCCCAGAGAUCAUCCGUCGACGAAAUGACUCAGACGAUGGUCAAGAACCGGCUGCGCCACCACAUGCCAGCGGGAACAUGGUCUCCGGGCCCGGGUCCGCCGGCAACAAAAUAGGCAAUGUAGAUCCAUCUAGUUCCAGCAUGAAGACUGUCCUAUCUUCGCUCGUGAACACGCUAUCGACUCUACUGCGGGAGGAGGCUCAGGGCCAAACAAGUCUGCCACAGAAGAGAGCAUCUUCCCUCCGGCUAUUGCUCCCAGCAGCCAUGUCCACCGGCCUCGGCUCAGCUCCUCUGCCGGACGUAGAAGAUUCUCCGACGGUCUCCAUCACCGGCGACCCGUCCAAGCAGCAACUCACCUGGUCCAACAUCUACUUCGCUGAUGAGCUUUGCGAUACUCGCGUCUUGCGUGACAUCGCACAGAACCACCAGGUGCUCGUCGUCAAGCGUGGCGGGUGUAGCUUCUCGCAGAAACUGCGGAACGUUGCCGCGUAUCCACCGUCGCGAUACGCGCUGCAACUGGUGAUCAUCGUUUCCUACGAUGCGGACUCGGGGGAGCAGGGAGAGCCGGACUUCACGACCCCUGGCUUGGCUGCAGUCCGCGCGGAGCCGUACCUCGCUCGCCCGUACCUGGACGAGACACAACUUACGGCGGGGGGGAUUCCGCGACGCCAACUGCUCAGCGUGGUCAUGGUGGGGGGAGGUGAGGAGACAUACGAGUUGCUGCGGCAGGCGACGGCCUUGGGGAUCAAACGGCGGUAUACAGUGCGAUCCCGGGGGGUACCGAUCAACAACCUGUAUAUUGUGUAACUUAGCUAGCUAUUUAGAUCAAC